UUCUACGUCUCCACCGGCACCGUAAGGUUCCUCUGAGCUCUGAGCUGUUCAUGUCUCUGCAUGGAUAUCAAGCAGCUGCUGCUGUCUAUCUGCUUCAGUAAACCAUACAUGCACAGCACUGACAGACAGCGUGGCCGGGCCUCGUACACACACACACACUCACACACACACACACAGUGUGGAAAACUGUCUUGUGAAAGACAAACUGCAAGGAUUUUAACAUGAAGGUGAUGGAUAGGUUUUCGAAGUCGGUUUGAAACGCAGCUUUCUUUAAAUAUGAAGCUUCUUGAAAACAUUCCACUGCUGCAGAUCUUCCUGCUGUUGCAUCUCAGCCUGAUCAGCGGCGUACAGAGAGCUCCUAAAAUCACAACCUUACUUGAGACAGUUGAUGCCUUACUGGAUCAUAAUGCUACUUUUAUAUGUGAGGUCGACUCGCACCCUCUAGCAGAUAUAACAUGGAUGCGUAAUAAAUACCCUAUACGGCACUAUGACUCUCGAUACAUUAUUAGAGAAAAUGGCCAAAUGUUGAUCAUUCCCAAUGUGAAGGACACAGACAGUGGAGAAUAUUGUUGCACUGCUGAUAAUGGGAUUGGAGAACCAGCAAAAAGCUGUGGAGCUUUGCAGCUAAAGAUGAAGCCCCAGAUUAAGAGACAUCCAACAAACGUGACGCAGCUAUUGGAGUCCAAGGCAGUGUUGCCAUGUGUAACAUUAGGAUAUCCCAAACCAGAAAUUUCCUGGCUUAAAGGUGAUGAUUUGAUAAAGGCUGAUAGCCGAAUAUCAAUUUUGGAAUUCGGCUCCUUAAAAAUUCACAAUAUCAGGAAAGAGGAUGCAGGACAAUACCGAUGUGUGGCUAGGAACAGCUUUGGGAUUGCCUAUUCAAAACUAGCCACCAUUGAAGUACAAGCUCCUGCUAAAAUACUUAAAGUUCCCAAAGAGAGGAAAGUGCAGAUUGGAACUGAAGUGGCCUUGGAGUGCAAUGCCACUGGAAACCCUGUUCCUUCUAUCACUUGGCUGGAAAAUGGGAAUACAAUCACAGGGGCAGCGGUAGAGGAGACGCUGAUUGGGGAGGUGAUUGUCUCCAUCCUGCGUGUGGUGGUAAAUAAACCGGCUCUUUACACAUGCCAGGCCACCAAUCAACACAGCGGAGGAGCUAAUACUGUCAAAUCUACAGCCAGGAUCACUGUCUCAGAGUGGCUACAUUACAUGUCCUCUCCUUUCCCCAGGCUGUACAAAGGCAGUGCAGGUUACUGCAGUAUGUACCGGGGUGAAGUGUGCCAUGGGCUGUUGCGACGUUCAGCACUUGUCUUCUUUAACUCUUCUCUGCCGGACCCGGAGCAGGCGCAGGAAUUCCUGGCGCAUGGAGGCUGGGCCGAGCUGGAGGGAACAAGCCCACUGUGCCAGCCUGCAGCUCGCUCACUGCUCUGCCAUGCUGCCUUCCAGGACUGCAGCCCAUCAGACCUUGGUCCUGCACCCAAACCUGUCUGCAGGGAGCACUGUCUGGCUGUGAAGGAUCUCUACUGUUAUAAGGAAUGGCAUUUGAUGGAGCAGAGGAAUCACAGAGGAGUCAUUUCUCCAAGCCUGAGCCUCACUUUGCCAGACUGUGAAACUCUGCCCAGCCAGCAGGCAGAUCCAGCGUCAUGCACUGCCGUAGCAUUUGUAGAGAUGAAGAGAGACCAAAUCACAACAACGUGCUACAAUGAUAGAGGAAGGUUUUAUCAAGGCAAUCACAAUGUCACAGCAUCUGGUAUUCCUUGCCAGCGAUGGGACCAGCAGGAUCCUCAUCCUCACAGGCUGUCUGUGAACAUUAUCCCAGAGCUGAAGAAUGCUGAAAACUACUGCCGCAAUCCUGGAGGGGAGAGCGACCGGCCAUGGUGCUACUCCACCAACCCCAGUAUACGCUGGGAGUACUGCUUGGUGCCCAGAUGUGUAGAAGUAGUUACCAGUGUGAGAGCACUGCCUCCUCCAAAACUGGCCCCUUCAAACCCUAUGCCUGCUGUGUCCACCGGCUACUACAUGAGCGUUAUCAUAUUCAUCAUGGCUGGAUUUGCAAGUGUGGCCUUCUUCACACUCAUUCUGCUCAUGUGUCUCAAGAGAAGAAAAAGGUGGAAACGUCGAAAAAGCAGGGCCAUGGAAGUGCCGACUCUCACCGCUCUUCCCUCUGAGCUGCUGUUGGACAGACUUCACCCGAACCCCAUGUACCAGCGCCUUCCUCUGCUGCUCAACUCCAAGCUUCUGACGCUCGAGUACCCUCGUAACAACAUCGAAUACGUGCGCGACAUCGGAGAAGGGGCCUUCGGACGGGUGUUUCAGGCAAGGGCUCCUGGGUUGUUACCACAUGAAGCCUUCACCAUGGUGGCUGUAAAGAUGCUAAAGGAGGAGGCUUCAGUUGACAUGCAGAACGACUUCCAGAGAGAGGCAGCUCUCAUGGCAGAGUUUGAUCAUCCCAACAUUGUCCGGCUACUGGGUGUGUGUGCUGUCGGGAAGCCCAUGUGUCUGAUGUUUGAGUACAUGGCACAUGGUGAUCUAAAUGAAUACCUGCGGCGACAUUCUCCAGUCCAGCAGCGCACUCUGAGCCAGGGAAGUCUGACGUGGCCCAGUUCCCAGUCCUCUGAGUCUGAUCUGUGUCCACUCAGCUGCUUGGAUCAGCUUUCAGUAUCCAAGCAGGUUGCAGCAGGUAUGGCUUACCUGUCUGAGCGCAAAUUUGUGCACCGGGACUUAGCCACACGGAACUGCCUUGUAGGAGAGAACCUGGUGGUGAAGAUUGCAGAUUUUGGUCUGUCCCGGAACAUCUACGCAGCCGACUACUACAAGGCAAAUGAGAAUGAUGCCAUUCCUAUCCGCUGGAUGCCACCUGAGUCUAUCUUCUAUAACCGCUACACCACUGAGUCAGAUGUCUGGGCCUAUGGAGUGGUGCUCUGGGAGAUCUUUUCGCAUGGCAUGCAGCCCUACUAUGGCAUGGCUCAUGAGGAGGUGAUAUACUAUGUCAGGGAUGGCCACGUGCUUUUAUGCCCAGAACAGUGUCCACUGGAGCUCUAUAACUUAAUGCGUUUGUGCUGGAGUACGCACCCGAGCGACCGACCCAGCUUUGCUAGCAUUCACCGCAUCUUGGAGAGGAUGCAUAACCAGAUGCUUCACUCUAGCAUGAACUGAGGCAAUCUGUGGAUCUACAGCACAGAAAGUUCAGAAGCAAUCGUAAUCAUUGAGGAACAAGGUAUCUUUGGACUUUAUCCCAUCUGAGUUUGACUGUUUUGUGUACUGAUGAGACGUAAACUCUGCUCAACAGAAUAGUGCACAAACAGACCAGAUGGGAUAAAUCAGAAGUUAUAUACUAAAGAGGUAGUAGGGUCCAAAUGCCUGAGUCCACUACCAAUAACUGUUAUGAAAUACUAAUACAAUUUUAUCAAAUAUUUCUCAGUUACUGGUAAUUCUACAUGGUGACACAGUAGUAGGUAGAUGUUGCCACCUCACAGGUUCAGGAUCCCCUAAAUGGUCCUGAGAGGUGUGGAGUUUCACAUCCCUUCACAUUCUCUGGUUUCCUCCCACCUCUAAAGAACCAUUUGGUUUACUGGCUAAGCUAAACUGCCCAAAGGUAUGAAUGCUUGUGUGAAUGUGUGUGUUCUUGAUGCUCUACAAUGGACAGGUUGUAUAUUUUUGCCUCCAAGGGUGCCAUAUCAUGGCUGACCCUCUGCUGUGACACUAAGAAGCUGGCAUGUGCGAAGAGAAGAAUUUUGCUGUACUGUAAUGUACAGUUUAAGGCUUUCUGGUCAAAUCUUGAAAGUUAAACCUUUUUCUAAGUUUAAAUCAAGUGUUUAAAUGUGGCUAUAACCUGUGAACAAAUUUCGUUUGAGCUCUCGAUCCAACUCCUCUCUUGGUUUACGUUUAUGUUGUCCUUAAUAUUAUUAUUUAUUUUUUUAAGGUAUGAUUUUUCAACAACAACAACAAAAAAAGCAUUUUUGCUUCAACAAGAUUGACAUCUUUAUCUUUUGCUGUAUGAGAAACCUUAUCUUCAAGUUUUAUUUAUUACAUAUUUACAGCUACAGUACUAUGCAAAAGUCUUAAGCAAAGAAAUGCUAUGGAGCAAAGAUGCCUUUAAAAAUGAAAUUAAAUGCUCCUACAUAAAUCAAACAAACGGAUUUACUAUGACAAUCCUUUGCUUUAAAAAAAAAAAUUGUAGUCUCAGCUACACUUUGUGCAGCUUUAUAAGGAAAUUGGCUGGUACGUUUUAUUGAGUAUCCUGGAGAAUCUGCCAUGGUUCUUUUGCAUCCAGAACCCAGCAGCCUUCAUUAAUUUUUUUCAUCUGGAAAGUGGUAUUUUAGGUUUAAAAAAAAUAAUAAUAAUAAUUCUGUAACAUUGAAUUUAAUUUGUUUGGAAAAGUAAUUCUUGGAAACAUAAAAAGUUUUUGUACUGACACAAUGCCCAAGUCACAAAAUAAAUAUCUAUAACAACUUUGUUCUAAAAAAAAUAGGGGUGCCUUAGACUUUUGCACAUUACCGUACAUGUAUUAACCUGUCAAUUUAAAACAAAAUGUUUUUGUUAAAUAAUGAUAUAAAACAGUCCACUUGGUAGUAGACUCAGAUUUUCGGACUCCACUAUAAGUCAUUGUGAUACCACUGGAAUUUGCACUGGAAGUGGUGCAAUACCAUCUGGACACCGUAUCUGUCAACCAGUCAAGCAACUAGUCAUAGCUCAAACAUGUGUCUGAGGAGUGUGGGAUAUUUUCACUGAAAGAUGCCUCUGUAAAAUGAACUCUAAGCUAACCUUUUACAUUUUUGAUAUUGUUCUUGUUGUUUGUCUGCAUUCUGACAUUACUGAGUUACGACGUACAAUAUUUAUUGAUUAUAUUUUAAAUCUGAAUAAAGUAAAGUUAUGAAAGUUUAAGCGGAGCACACAGAAUGAUUGAUGAUGUGAUGUUGCGAUAGUGCUUGAAUAGAGUAGCAUAUUCCAAAAUGGCACAUUAUCACUUUACUAAUGUUUGUGUUUGAUCCAUUUUUCUAACUAACAGACUACACACACUCAUUUGCCAUUUUUGCUAGGUACCCAAAUCCAGUAACUUGUUGCGCCUCCAUUGCUUUUCUAGAACAUCGUGGAUUCACUUGAAUAUUGGAUGCUUUGUGUAGAUAUUGAUACCAUGUGGAAAGGCUUGCAUUCAAUGCAAACUGGAUGGCUGUCUAGUCAGACCAGUUGCACAGGCUUUCCAUUUCAUCCCAAAGACUCUCAACUGUGCAGGCCAUUAGCGCAAUAAUAAUAAAUGGUCAUGUUCCUGGAACCAUUCAGUGAUAAUAUGUGCCUUAUGUCUUGUUGCACUAUCAUCCUGGAAGUGUCCAUCCAAGUGUUCAAUGAACUAGAUCAGCAUUGAUAUUUAGCUCUGCUGUGCAUUUCAGACAUUGUUCAACGAGUAUAAAAGGCCAGGAAAACAUUCCCCACACCAUCGUGCUGCCACUACUUGCCAGUUCUGUUAUUACAAUGUCAGAUGGCUUCAGUGACUUAGCACUUCAUCAGGAGUGAUCAUCAUCCAAAAAAAACUUGGAUUUAUCCAACCAGGCAAAUUUUUCCCUACACUCCUCAAUGUUUGAUGCUUCUGUUCUCAUUGUAGUCAUACACCAUUGUUCUGCCCUGACAGCACUGACACUCAACCUGUUUUUUUGGCUGUUGUAGUCCAUUUGAGACCAGAGAGUUUAGUAAGUCUUGCCUUCUAAGAUGGCAUUCUGUACAGUGUUGAAUGGGAUUGGAUGGGAUUUGCCUGAUUGUGGCUUUAUUUGAACAAUUCCCACCAUUCUCCUCUAACCACUCUGAUCCAAAAGUGGUUUUCAUCUACAGUUUGUUCAUUUCUCACCCUAUUGUUCAUGAAAAGUUGAGAGCCAACUAUUGUGCCGAUCACAUUAUUUAUGCCACGCUCCACAGUCACAUGAUGUAUGUAUGACUUGGAAUGGUAUGGAAUGUACCAAUUGUGUGAAGGGGUGACAUGGAUCACCUAGCAACACUGUUACAAAUACUAUUAUUUUACUUUGAAUAAUAUGUUAAUCUCUUUACAUGUCAACGCUGUAUAAACCCAACAUUUUGGUAUAAAAGAGAAGCUGAAUUAAAAUCAGUGAAAUGCAAUGUGUGUAAUGUGUAAUGCAUAUUUGUACACAAAUAUUUAUAUGUUUUAGAUUCACCAAGUUCACUUAUCACACAUAAUGUUCAAUAAAAUUUUAUUUAGCAGCUAGUUAAUUAGUACAUCACAAUACAAACAAUGUAUGCAUAUAACAUACACUCAUAAAAAAUAUUAUACUAAAAUGACUAAAAUGGUACAAUGGUACAUAUUUUGUACCUUUACCUUUACUGUAUAUCUUUCACCUGGAAAUGUGGAUACAGUGUACAUAAAUAGAUUAGUUAGCAAUGUAAAGCUUUAACGGUACACUACAUACUAAAAGAUACAUACUAAAGAUACAAAAGAUCCCCUCAAAGUCAAGGAAAGGUACAAGAAGUAAAGUAUGUUUUUUUAAUGAAUUUAUACCCAAGUAUCAACUCAAGUACAGAAUUUAGGGAAUGCAGACUUGAACUAACAAAAUUGCAUAUUUGUUUCAUUAAUGUGCUUCACUGUAAGGUUUCUUAGGUUUAUUUGUUUGCUUAAUUGUUUGUUUGUUUGUUUUUAAAAUCUGUAAUCAAAGCAGUAAAUCCACAUGAACACUGUUGCUACUCAGAGUGACAGGUAGGGGGCAGCACUGCAUCAGCAGAUUUGCUGAGGUUGUUUUUCUGACACCCACUGAGUGUUAAAAUAGGUUCCUUUUUUUUUUUUUUUUUUUUUUUUUUUUUUUUUUUUUUUUUUUUUUUUUUUUUUUUGCUUUUGAAAAAUAAAUUUCAUAACUUUGUGUGUGUGUGUGUGUGUGUGUGAGAGAGAGAGAGAGAGAGAGAGAGAGAGAGAGAGAGAGAGAGAUAACCGGUAUGGUUAUGUGAUUUUUCAGUUCAGUUGGGGGAAAAAAAACAACUCAAAAGCAAAUUUGGUCUGUACCUCAAGAGGCAUCAGAAAAAGCAUGAGCACCAACCAAAGUGCAACUUUUCCCGCCAAGAAUGUUUGGAAAAUGAAGAGUCCUGAGAGAAAGUGAGGGAGGUGAAACCAGGCCUUUAUGGACCUUGUUCAAACUUUCAACUUUCGCUAAAGCCGCAUUAUGUUACAUUUAAAACAAUAAUAUAAAAUAAUAUUUAAAAAACCUGCAUGUUCAGAGAGAUUUUAAAACCUGGGAAAUGGGACUUUUUCUUUAAUGUAGUGUAGGGAAGUAACCGUGACCUGAAAAAUUCCUAUAGUAAAUUUAUCUAGUACUAAUAUGAAUCAGCGUUUUGGUUCAGUCAUCUGUUGAAAACAGAGAGGGAUUGGCUGUAUUUUUAACCCUCCUUCAGUUUGUUGUUUUCAUUCAUAUAAACCAAGACUGAGUCACUUAUAAACAUGCUGACUAGAUAUAAAUAAUGACCUAAGUACAACUUCUUAAUGAUAAAGAAUUUGCGCAGAGCUUAUUGUAAACUGACUGUUAUCUGUAUUUGACAACAAAACCACAGAGUCUGCCAGAAGUAUGACAUCUUUACAGUCAGAGUUCAGUCAUAUUUACCGUUUAUCAUUUCCCUGUGAUUUCAAAGAUCAUUC